CUCUUCCUGCUUUGGCAGCUCGGGCUUCCCCAAAGCUGAUAAGCAUCCAGGUUUUUGCCCUAACAUAUCUGCUUUCCAAGAAAAAAAUAACCCUCUAUCUUGGUGAAGGUAUUUUUUCUGGCAUAAUGCCUUCUCUUUCCAAUUCUGAUGAGUUGAUUUUUUUUGUGAAUGGAAGAAAGGUCAUAGAGAAGAAUGCUGAUCCUGAAGUAUAUCUACUAUUCUACUUGAGGAAAAUCCUCCACCUCACUGGCACCAAAUACGGCUGUGGGAGUGGGGGCUGCGGUGCCUGCACUGUCAUGGUGUCCCGAUACGACCCGAAGACCAAGAAGAUCCACCAUUAUCCAGUGACAGCCUGCCUGGUGCCCAUCUGCUCUCUGUAUGGGGCUGCUGUCACCACUGUGGAAGGUGUAGGAAGCAUUAAAACCAGGAUUCACCCCGUGCAGGAAAGACUUGCCAAGUGUCAUGGGACACAGUGUGGCUUCUGCAGCCCAGGAAUGGUGAUGUCCAUCUACACACUGCUGAGGAACCACCCGGAGCCCACCCCUGAGCAGAUAACCGAAGCUCUUGGAGGUAAUUUGUGCCGCUGUACUGGAUACCGACCGAUUGUAGAAAGUGGAAAAACUUUCUGUGCGGAAUCAACUGUUUGUCAAAUGAAAGGAUCAGGAAAAUGCUGCAUGGAUAAAGAAGAGAAGUCUUUCACAAGUGGACAGGAAAAAAUGUGUACCAAACUGUACAACGAAGAUGAAUUCCAGCCCUUCGAUCCAACCCAGGAACCUAUAUUCCCUCCUGAACUGAUAAGAAUGGCAGAAGACCCGAACAAAAGAAGGCUGACGUUCCGAGGGAAGAGGACCACCUGGAUCACUCCUGUAAACUUGAAUGACCUUCUGGAGCUGAAAACCAGGUUCCCUGAAGCCCCCAUCAUCAUGGGGAACACUGCAGUGGGACCCAGCAUUAAAUUCAGAGAUGAAUUCCAUCCAGUUUUUAUAUCUCCACUUGGGCUUCAAGAACUGUAUUUCGUGAAUAGCACAGAUGAUGGGGUGACGAUAGGCGCAGGAUACAGCCUGGCCCAGUUGAAUGAUGCCUUACAUUUUAUUGUUUCUGAACAACCAAAGGAGAAGACCAAGACCUACCAUGCUCUCCUGAAGCACCUGAGAACACUUGCUGGAGCCCAGAUUAGGAACAUGGCGACUUUAGGCGGACAUGUGGUGAGCAGGCCUAACUAUUCUGACCUGAAUCCCAUUUUAGCAGCAGGAAAAGCUACCAUCAAUCUGAUAUCUAAAGAAGGAAAACGGCAGAUUCCUUUAGAUGGCCGUUUCCUUGAGAAGUCAUCUGAAGCCAACCUCAAGUCAGAAGAGACUGUGUUAUCUGUGUAUAUUCCGCACUCUACUCAGUGGCACUUUGUGUCAGGACUCCGGAUAGCCCAGCGUCAGGAGAACGCCUUUGCCAUUGUCAAUGCUGGGAUGAGUGUGAAGUUUGAGGAUGGCACAGACACCAUCAAGGAACUUCAGAUGUUCUAUGGAAGUGUUGGCCCCACUGUUGUCUCUGCAAGCAAAACCUGCCAGCAGCUCAUUGGGAGGCAGUGGAAUGACCAGAUGCUGAGUGAUGCUUGCCGAUUGGUCCUGGAUGAGAUUUACAUCCCUCCAGACGCUGAAGGUGGCAUGGUAGAGUAUAGGCGAACCCUCAUCAUCAGCUUACUCUUCAAAUUCUACCUCAAAGUGAGGCGAGGGCUGAAUAAAAUGGACUCCCACAAGUUUCCUGAUAUCCCAGAAAAGUUCAUGAGUGCUCUAGAAGAUUUCCCUAUAGAAACACCCCAAGGAAUUCAGAUGUUCCAGUGCGUGGAUCCCCACCAACCCCUACAAGAUCCAGUUGGCCACCCAGUCAUGCACCAGUCAGCCAUUAAACACACCACAGGGGAAGCUGUGUUUGUUGAUGACAUGCCCCCCAUCUCCCAAGAACUCUUCCUGGCUGUAGUCACCAGCACCAGAGCUCAUGCAAAGAUCAUAUUAAUUGAUACUUCAGCAGCCCUGGCCCUUCCUGGUGUUGUUGAUGUGAUAACAGCAGAGGAUGUUCCAGGAGAAAAUAACUACCAGGGAGAGAUUUUCUACGCACAAAAUGAGGUAAUUUGCGUGGGUCAGAUCGUCUGCACUGUGGCUGCUGAUACCUAUGCUCAUGCAAAAGAGGCUGCUAAAAAAGUGAAGAUUGUUUAUGAAGACCUAGAGCCCAGGAUUAUAACAAUAGAGCAAGCCCUAGAGCACAAUUCAUUUCUUUCUGCUGAGAAAAAAAUUGAGCAAGGAGAUGUAGAGCAAGCCUUUAAAAACGUUGACCAAAUCAUUGAAGGUAAGGUCCACGUGGAAGGACAGGAACAUUUUUACAUGGAAACACAAACUAUCCUGGCUGUCCCCCAAGAGGAAGAUAAAGAAAUGGUGCUGCACGUUGGAACACAGUUUCAGACCCAUGUGCAGGAAUACGUGGCUGCAGCACUAAACAUCCCAAGGAACAGAGUCGCCUGUCACACAAAAAGAGCUGGAGGAGCAUUCGGGGGGAAAGUGAGCAAGCCUGCUCUGCUAGGAGCUGUCAGUGCCGUGGCUGCCAACAAGACUGGCCGCCCAAUACGGUUCAUUCUGGAACGUGGUGAUGACAUGUUGAUAACUGCUGGCCGCCACCCGCUGCUCGGAAAAUACAAAAUUGGAUUCAUGAACAACGGGGUGAUCAAAGCUGCUGAUAUUGAAUAUUAUAUCAAUGGCGGAUGCACUCCUGAUGAGUCUGAGCUGGUGAUGGAGUUCAUGGUGCUGAGAAGUGAAAAUGCAUAUUAUAUUCCUAAUUUCCGGUGUCGAGGUAGACCUUGCAAAACAAAUUUGCCAUCCAACACUGCUUUCCGAGGAUUUGGCUUCCCCCAGGCCAUAGUGGUCGGUGAAGCUUAUAUAACUGCUGUGGCUUCUCAGUGUAACUUAACCCCUGAACAGGUUAAAGAAAUAAACAUGUAUAAGAGAACUAGCAGAACAGCCCAUAAGCAGACAUUUAAUCCUGAGCCCUUGAGAAGAUGCUGGGAAGAAUGUCUGGAGAAGUCUUCCUUCUCUGCUAGGAAACUGGCUGCCGAGGAAUUUAACAAAAAGAACCGCUGGAAGAAGAGGGGGCUUGCCGUGGUCCCCAUGAAAUUUACAGUUGGGAUGCCCACAACCUUCUACAAUCAGGCUGCUGCUCUUGUCCACAUCUAUCUCGAUGGAUCUGUCUUGGUGAGUCACGGUGGCUGUGAACUGGGACAAGGCCUUCACACCAAAAUGAUCCAGGUGGCGAGUCGUGAACUGAACAUCCCUGAGUCGUAUAUUCACCUGUCUGAGACGAACACCACCACGGUUCCCAAUGCGACCUUCACAGCUGGCUCAAUGGGGGCAGACAUCAACGGGAAGGCCGUGCAGAAUGCCUGCCAAAUUCUUAAAGCCAGUCUUCAGCCAGUCAUCAGGAAAAACCCUAAGGGAAAGUGGGAGGAGUGGAUUUCGGAAGCCUACGAAGAAUCCAUCAGUCUCUCCACUACUGGAUAUUUCAAAGGCUACCAGACAAAUAUGGACUGGAAGAAGGGGGAAGGUGACGCUUUCCCAUAUUUUGUUUAUGGAGCAUCCUGUUCCGAGGUUGAAGUCGACUGUCUCACAGGGGCUCAUAAGCUCCUUAGGACUGACAUCUUCAUGGAUGCUGCUUUCAGCAUAAACCCAGCUGUGGACAUUGGACAGAUUGAAGGAGCAUUUGUCCAAGGCAUGGGAUUCUAUACCACAGAAGAGCUGAAAUACUCCCCAGAAGGUGUGCUUUACUCUCGGGGUCCAGAUGACUAUAAAAUCCCCACCGUCACUGAAAUACCUGAAGAGUUCAAUGUCACUUUGGUGCGUUCCCGAAAUCCCAUCGCCAUCUACUCGUCCAAGGGGUUAGGUGAGGCUGGAAUGUUCCUGGGAUCCUCUGUGUUGUUCGCCAUAUAUGAUGCCGUGGCUGCUGCCCGCAGAGAGAGGGGGCUGACCAAGACUUUCACCCUGAGUAGCCCAGCAACCCCUGAGUUGAUUAGAAUGACUUGUGUGGAUCAGUUCACUGACAUGAUCCCCAGAGAUGAUCCAUCAACAUUUACACCUUGGUCCAUCCAUGUGUCUUAAUCCUCAGAAAAUGUAUUUUCCUCAAAAAAUGCAACAAUACAUGUUUGACCUGAAAAUUUUCAAACCUAAGCAAAAUGUAGGUUGGCCCCCAAUUGUCAAGGGUAAUUUUAGCAUCUUUUCAUUAUUCUCUGUGAUUUAGGCCACUGUACGAUUAUGUUUUAGGAUUCACAUUUUCACCAAUAUGUAUAAGGAAGUUUAGAAUCAAAAAUUCUUCUUUCCAUUUGUAUUAUCAUUAAUAAAUACAGCAUCAGAAUUUUCAA